UUUUCUUUGUCAUCUUUCUGGACAUUACUGGAUGAUUCUGAUAGGCGUAAAAGUCUUUAUUUAGAGAACCUUGCUAAGCCCACAUGUGCCUCUAUUUGUGGCUCUGGAAUGUUUGGCAGACAUACAAUCUGUUGAUCAGAUGGGCUGAAAUGUGUGGAUGACCUGGCGUGAAAAAUAAGGCCAGUCAGCUCAUCAGGUGAGCCUCAUGUUUAUGAAGACAAGGGACAUAUUUAGAAAAAAAAAAAAGAGCCAACUCUCCACAGUCAAUGUACAGAUGUGGCCCACCAGAUGAGUUGGCAGGUCUGAUUUCUGGUCAAGGUCAUCUAUAUGGUUGGCCCACCUCCUGAACACUCCCAUGCCACAUUUGCCUUGUUGACAUGUGUGGGCAUGUGUACUGGUGCAUGUGGGCUUAGAAGAAUUCUUCUGUAUAUGGUGGCCAUAUCUAGCUUCUCUGUGCUGGAUAUUCAACUGUUCUGAUGGGUCUGUUAUCUCAGGUAUACUAUUCAGAACAUACAUUUGACAAAGGAGAAGAACAGUGUUUGUGCGAGUUUGUUCUUUUCUGGCAACAUGGUCCAAUUGCGGGGACAAAGACGUUAACGAGUAUUGAACACAUUUGCCUAAUACAGCCUGGAAGUGCACAAAAUGAUCCAAAUCUGGGUUUCUUUUUGGAAAUAUCAAGAAAGAAACUUGAAUUGGGUUCACAUCGUGCUUCUUUCGUCACUGAACAUGAAAUUUCAGCAAAUGCAUGUGCUGCAUGUUUUAAUGAAACCUGUGGAUCUGCUGUCAAAUGUGAGCCCAACAUGCCUUACAAACCUCAAACAUUCAAUUCUAAGGAAAAGAAAAAUCCUAGGCAGGGCCAUGUAACGCAAACAUUUAAAGGGUAUAGGAAUGUUCGGAAAAAGAUUGGACAGGAUAUGGACUUGGGAGGUGGUGAAUAUUUUUUUACAAAGAGUCUCAAGGAAACCAGAAAUUACCAUUAUAUCUUGAUUGAGAACAUGGAAACAGAUUUACCAUCGUCGGUCAUUGUGGAUUUCAUAUAUCAACAAACUUCUGUUUCAUCACACGCCUAUGUAACCCCCAGCUUAUUAUCAGAAUCAUAUACACGGGGAACUAUCUUUUUGGAUGGUCAAGAGAAGCUUGAGAAGUUAUCUAGGUUUUUACACAAUCCGGCUCAUCUCAUCAUGUCCUCAAGAGGAAGACCAUGGGUGAUAGUUGAGAAGGAAUGGAGACUAGGCAAAUUUGAAGGCUUGAUGCACCAACCCAAGAAGAAACCACAGAACAAAAAUGAAGACCAUGUUGACAAAAUAAAGGUUGUGCAUAAGGGAACUAUUGAGUAUGAGAAGGGGAAGCAGUUAAGUGAAUUGUUCAUGGAGUUCUGUCAGCAUCUACAGGGCCUCCACAAAAGACUCACACUGGAAGAGAGAAAGAUCUUGCAAUCAGCCUAGAGAUCAAUGGGAGUGGUGAAAGAAGUCCUGAGAUCUUACUUUUGUAUGUGCAACCAAUUCUGACUACACUUCGUUAUGCGAUACAUGGUGCGAUAUUGAUACAUAGCACUUUGGCCCACAGAUUGGUCUACCUGAACAAAACAUGCGACUGCUGAGGAUAUUUUCAUCAAGACGAUAUUGAGCCAUCGAUCAUGUGGACCAGACGAUUCAUCUGGUGCGCUGGUAGCUCUUUCCAACUGCCCAUGUCUGGGCUUUAGCUUCCCACAUACCACGAGAAUGACUUUGUUUACAGAGUUUUCACAUGAGUGUUGGUUCUGGGAGACUGAAAAAAAAAUGCACCUAAAAUAUCUUUAGACUACCACUAGAAUGAAUUCUCAGCUAUUUUGGAGAAGUGAAACUGAAGAUGUUAUGUGCAAACCUGAUGUAGAUGGGCCAGAGCUAUAUGGCUAUUUUUGUUAAUUACAAGGCUUUGGCAUCAGGAGAUGCAGCUGUAAUUAUUGUCUGUACACAUGAAGAUAUGGACUGUUUAAGACAUUGAAUUUCCAUGCUCA